AACAAAAAUUUGAAUUGAAUAGUCCAUGUCUUUCUUUUCUAGACAAAUCGAUUCAAUUUCGUUCUUCAUUUUCUUACGUUGGUAAUUUAUCCUGAGGAGUUGUUGUCAGUUGCAGUUUCUGUCAAUUGUUCACAUUGAAAAUGGCUGACGAACAAUUACCUGCCGGGUGGGAAAAACGGUUGAGUCGCUCCACAGGCACAGGUCAACAUUACUAUCUCAAUGUGUACACCAAAGAAUCCCAAUGGGAUGUGCCGGAUAAGCCUGCAGAGCCUAGUGGCUCCAGUGGACCAGAGCAGGUGCAGUGCUCUCACUUGCUGGUGAAACACAGGGAAUCCCGUAGACCUUCCUCGUGGAGGGAAGACGUGAUCACAAGGACCAAGGAUGAAGCCUUUGAUCUUGUUAAAUCAUAUAGAGAACAGAUUGUUGGUGGCAAAGCAACAUUUUCUGAGUUGGCCCAAAAGUACUCUGAUUGUUCUUCUGCGAGAAGGGGUGGUGAUCUGGGACCUUUUGGCAGGGGUGCAAUGCAGAAGCCAUUUGAAGAGGCUGCAUUUGCAUUGAAACCUGGUGAGCUCAGUGAGGCUGUAUCCUCUGAUUCUGGCGUACACAUUAUAUUGCGCACAAUCUGAGAUGGAUGCAACAACAUUUUUAAAUGAUCUAAUAAACAAUGUGUCAUCGA